AUGGCCUACAGCUGCUGCUCUGGAAACCUCUCCUCCCGCUCGUUUAGACGUUGCCAGCCAUAUUCAGCUUCUUCCUGUGGCUCUUCCUACCCCAGCAACCUGGUCUACACCACUACCAGUUGCUCUCCCAGGCCCUGCCAGGUGGAAUCUUCUCUGAACACCAGAUGUCAGGAGACCUGCAUUGAGCCCACCAGCUGCCAGACGUCCUGCGUGAUGUCCAGCCCAUGCCAGGUGGAAUCCUCUGUGAACACCAGGUGUAAGGAGAUCUGCAUUGAGCCCACCAGCUACCAGAGCUGUCAGGAGACCUGCAUUGAACCCACCAGCUGCCAGAGGUCCUGUGUUGUGUCCAGACCCUGCCAGACAGCCUGCUACUACCCGAGGAGCUCCACACAUUGCAGACCCAGCUGGGGAUCAUAUGCUGGAUCUCUGGGCUUUGGAUCCAGUAGCUGCAGUUCCGUGGGCUAUGGUUCUAGGAGCUGCUACUCAGGGGGCUGUGGAUCCAGUGGCUUCAGAUCUCUGAAUUGUAGAGUCUCUGGAUUCCCUUCCUUGAGUUUUGGAUCUAGAUAUUGCUAUCCAAGCUACUUCAUGCCUCUUUCCUGUCAACCUUGUUACAGACCAAUCUGUGGAUCAGGCCUCUAUGGAAUCAGCUGCUAA